AUGUCCAAAGCUAUAGACGAAAAUAGCACAAAUAUAAAAGCUUCGAAGUCGAAAGUUUUGGGUCAAAAGACUCACUUGCUCUCAGUCGGCCCUCGGACGCCGGAGAGACAGGAGCCCAAAGCGAGAAAUAUGUCGGCCAUUCCGAGACUUCUGCAGACUCUCAGGAGUGAGGCUGUCCUAGUGGGUCCAAGUAUCCGGGGAUUCUGCACCAAACCACCCAAGGCAGCACCUGAAGCUGCAGCCCAACCACCACCACCUGCACCUGCCAAACCAGCUGGCCCCACCACUCCUACCUAUGUCUCCAGUGCCACACCCAGUGCCCCAGCUGAACCUGUUGGCCCAGGAGCAAGCAAGGCUGGAAAUUAUCCAAAUACUGAGUACUAUACUUACAAUAAGAUGAGCUAUUUUGACUUAGAAGUGGAGAUGGGACCAGACAGGAUCCCACAGCCUUCAUCCGGCAAUGGGCAAUUUUGAUUAUUAUUUCAGUGUUGGGUUAUUGAUUUUAUUCCCUCUGAUUCCCAUUGAAAAAUAAGCUCAGAGUUUAUUUGUAAAUACUGUAGAAUAAAAGAAAAAUAAUGUAA